GUGAUCCAGUCUGUUUGCAUUACUGUGAUUUGUCGCGGGACUCGCUGGGAUGGACAUGAUCUACACACUCAUCUGCGGACUGUUCAUGGUCAGUCUGUCACUUUAUGCCAAACCUCUCACAACAGUCCAGUACAAGCCUACAAAAACUCUCCCAGCACGAGCGGUGAGGAAUGAAACGGAAGACGCGCGCGUUCUGAACAGGUCGCGUGCUGCGAAAGAGCCGCGCGAGCUGGACACGAGCGUCAAAGGCGUCAAACAGCGACCGUCAUCGGGCGAGCAGUCCAAUACACGCAAAAAGCAACCACCAAAAAACAAAGAAAAACGGAAAAACUGCUUCGGUUUCAAGAUGGAUAGAAUAAGUGAUAUAAGUGGAAUGGGCUGCAAGAGCGACUGAGGUGCACAAGUGCACUAAUGGAGAAUGCUAACUGGACUAAAUGUCUCAUACAGACCAAUGGACAUAUGCGGGGCAGAUGCAGCUGGGACAUUAAAAAAAGAAAGUUUCUUCAGUGGUUCUCUUAUAGCUACUGAAGAUCUCAUAACCCUUGUUUAGGGUUCUUGAGCUGACUGUUUAUUUACAGAUUAAAUACGUUCUUGGUGUUACAGAUCAGUGUAUUGGUUUCUGGGGUCUUUAAAGCACCAGUAUACUUAUCUGGAUUUCUAAAGACCUAAAACUUAAUAAAACCCUUUUGGGGUUCUCAGUUGGAACUUUUAUUUUUAAGUGAGUCAGGAGUUAGUAGUGCUAUUUAUUUUUACAUUGCAAA